AUGACUGCUCUCCGGAACCCGAAGGGAUCAACCAUUGCAUCGAGAAGGGGGAUGGAGAAAACCAUCUACGACUUCUACUCUGAUUCCUUCGACAACCAUGUCCACUUGCCUCCAGGGGUUCUCCCGUCCGAAAUACGACAUGCUAUCACAUCGGUAAGAAAUCGUACGGCACCCGGUCCCGACAGAAUAAGACCAGAACAACUGAAGAACCUUCCGCCAGUACUCAUCAACACCCUAGCGAGGCUCUUUACAUGUUACCUGUCGGAAUGCACGGUUCCUAAACAGUGGAAGACCAGCAAGACCGUGUUGUGGUAUAAAAAGGGAGAUUCACUUGACAUUGGCAACUAUCGCCCAAUCUGUUUACUGUCCGUCAUCUACAAGCUCUUUACACGAGUGAUCCUUAAUAGGAUUGAAAAAGUUUUGGAUGAAGGACAGCCAUGCGAGCAAGCAGGGUUUCGAAAAGGAUUCAGCACGAUUGACCACAUUCACACUGUUUCGAAACUCAUCGAGGUAUCACGAGAGUACAAGAUGCCGCUCUGUCUCACCUUCAUCGACUUAAAGAAGGCCUUCGACUCAGUUGAGACGGAAGCGGUCGUGGAAGCCUUGGACAACCAAGGCGUCCCUACUCAGUACAUAAAGGUACUUCGAGAGUUGUACAGUAACUUCACGACCGGAAUUUCGCCAUUCUACAAGAAUAUCAUCAUUGACGUGAAGAGAGGAGUCCGACAAGGUGAUACAAUCUCACCCAAAAUAUUCACAGCCACCCUCGAGAACGCAAUGCGAAAGUUGGAAUGGGACGACAUGAGAAUGAAGGUCGACGGUCAGCAGCUACACCAUUUGCGCUUUGCUGAUGACAUCGUACUGAUAACACCUAGCAUCAGCCAAGCGGAACGAACGCUGACCGAAUUCGACGAAACAUGUGGAUGCAUCGGUCUUCAGCUGAAUGUAGACAAGACGAUGUUCAUGCGGAACGGAUGGGUCUCGGAUGCCCCAUUUACGCUCAACGGAACGGACAUAUCCGAAUGCACCAGCUACGUUUAUCUGGGUCGGGAAUUGAACAUGAUGAACGACCUGACCUCCGAGCUGGGCAGGAGGAGACGAGCGGCUUGGGGAGCGUAUAAGAGCAUCGAGGAUGUAGUGAAGAAGACCAGGAACACCCGGCUCCGUGCUCACCUCUUCAACACCACCGUACUUCCUGCUUUGACCUAUGCUUCGGAAACCUGGGCAUUUCGCAAGCAGGAAGAAAACGCGGUUAGCGUCAUUGAACGCACAAUUGAGAGAGUGAUGCUAGGAGUAUCCAGUUUCACGCAAGUGAGGGACGGGAUUCGAAGUUCUCUCCUACGUCAGCGAUCGGAUUAG